UAAUUUUUUUUCUCUUUUUUCCUUUUCUUUCUGCUCACCCCGUUUCUCCUUUUCCCUCCCUUUCUUUCUUCUACUUUACCAUCUCAAGGCUCUUAUUAUAUAACAUCCACUUUGGUUUCUUAGGUAUGUUAUAUCUAACAAAAAUGCCUUUCUAUUUUUUCCCUCUCUUUUCACAUAUAUUCUUUCUCUUUCCACCUUCCAUCCAAGCUUGCAUGCACAUGACCAACUUCUUCUUGCCAUCUUUCAACAGUUCGAAUUUGGGUUUGUGCCCAACAAGCUCUUCUCUCUGCCAUUGUCGUAGGACAUGAGUUCGCAGAUGAAUGGUCAGUGUCGCGUCCCACCUGGCUUCCGCUUCCAUCCAACAGAGGAAGAGCUUUUGCACUAUUACUUGAGGAAGAAGGUGGCGUUUGAGAAGAUAGAUUUGGAUGUUAUCCGAGACGUUGAUCUCAAUAAACUCGAGCCUUGGGAUAUACAAGAGAAGUGCAAAAUCGGAUCAACCCCACAAAACGACUGGUAUUUCUUUAGUCACAAAGACAAGAAGUAUCCCACAGGCACUCGGACAAACCGCGCCACGGCCGCCGGAUUCUGGAAAGCGACUGGUCGUGAUAAGGUUAUCUGCACCAACUUAAAAAGGAUCGGAAUGAGGAAAACACUAGUAUUUUAUAAAGGGAGGGCGCCUCACGGUCAGAAAUCCGAUUGGAUUAUGCAUGAAUACAGGCUAGAUGACAACAACGAUAUAAGCCCUCAAUCCAAUGCAUCUAGCUCGAUGGGAGAGUCACAAGAAGAUGGGUGGGUGGUUUGUCGCAUUUUCAAGAAAAAGAAUCAUAUCAAGGCACUUGAUAGCCCAAACAGGUCAUCAAUCCAUGGCGAUGGCCAAACCCAAAUGGGCCAUUCCAGUAGAGAUGGAGCCUUCGAGCAAAUCCUUCAGUACAUGGGAAGGACAUGUAAGCAAGAAAAUGAUACGAACACCAACAAGAACAACAACAACAACAUCAACAUCAACAUCAACACCAACAACAUAAGAUAUCUCGGAUUGAUGGGGGAAGCUGAGUCCGCCAUAGACAAUGGAGCCUUUGAAGGAUUCAUUCAAUUGCCUCCUCUAGAAAGCCCGACUCUCCCAAUGCUUCACAAUGACAGCCGGCCACCUGAUCUUGGUUGCAGUAGCCAGAAUUGCUGCCCACCAAUGGAUUCUCAUUUCAUAACACCUACUACCUAUGUUGAAGCUUCAAUCACCAACCAUAGCAACAUCAACCACCAGGCAGAGACGAGUCUUAGCGACUGGGCAGCACUAGACCGGUUCGUCGCUUCCCACCUCAACGGCCAAACGGAGACGUCCAAGCAACUCGCCUGCUUCGACGAUCCCAACCUCACAUUUUGUUCCGUCCCUGAUCAAGAUCUCUCAUUACCAUUGCACCUUCGCUCCUCCAACCGUUCAUUCAACACCUCUCAGGACUUAUACAACAACGAUACUGAUCUAUGGGAUUUUGCACGAUCAUCGUCAUCAUCAGACCUGUUAUGCCACGUGUCAAAAGCUUCUUUCUGAAUACCCCAAGAUACCACAGUGGCAAGUCAGCAUAUUAUUGCUAUUUUUAUUAUUUUAUUAUUAUUAUUAUUAGUGGCACACAUAGAUGUAAGAUAUUUCAUAUAAUAAAAAAAAAUUAAUAAUAGAAUUUAAGCUGGGAUUGCAUUGUCAAACA